CUGUUGGUCUGUUUGAGUUGAUGAAAACAAAACCCUCUAUCUCAUCUCCUCCUACAGCAAAGACGUAUGCGAUAGUGAUUUUGGCACUUGUUAAGAUUGAUCGAAUUGAUGACUGUUUUAGAGUAAUUGGGGAUAUGAUACAAAGCGGUUGUCUUCCAGACGUUUCCACUUAUAAGGAGUUGAUUCAAGGAAUGUGUUUGGCUGGAAAGGUGAAGGAAACUUACUGGUUUUUGGAAGAGAUGGAAAAGAAAGGUUACCCAUCUGAUAUUGUCACAUAUAACUGUUUCCUCAAGGUACUUUGUGAAAAUAGGAAGGCUGAUGAAGCGAUUCAGCUUUACCGGAGGAUGGUUAGUGUGGAUUGUGUGCCUAGUGUACACUCUUUUAAUAUGCUGAUUGAGAUGUUCUUUUCUAUGGGUGAUCCCGUGGGAGCGCUUGAGACUUGGGAUGAAAUGGGCAAGAAAAGUUGUGAGCGAGAUGUCAAUACUUAUUGUGUGAUGAUUGAAGGACUUUUUGUUUGUGACCAAAUUGAGAAUGCAUGUUUGUUUUUGGAUGACGUUGUACAUCAGGGAAUUAAAAUACCCUAUCUGAAGUUUGAUUUAUUUCUGAGGCAUUUGUCAAGGAUUGACGAUCUUCGUAGAAUUCAUAAACUUUCAGAGCACAUGAAAAGGUUUUUCAAUCCUGCUAUGGCGAGACAUUUUGUACUUAAUCAAAAACGAAAGGAGUUGAGUUAUAGGAACAAGUGAACUUUUUUCUGUGUUUGGUUGCGGGCAUGAAGUUUGUUUGGAAAUAUACAACCUCGGUAUGGGAUCAUGGUUUAUCCUAAAUCAAGAGCCACCAACAUGAGUUUAAGAGAAACUGGAACUUUUGCUGUAUGCUUCACAGAAUCCAUAUAUUAGUGGCUAAAACUUGUUCCUAGGACCAG